AUGUUCCAUGCUCUGUUUCAGCUAGUUGCUAUAGGUAAUGCUGGUAGUGGAAAAACAUCUCUUAUUAAACAUUUCUGUGAAAGCAAGUUUAUACCCGGCUAUCAACCAACAGUAGGUGUAGAUUAUGGUUUUAAAAUACAUAAGGUUGCUGAUUUAGAAGGUAUUAUUAUUGUAUAUUUUGUAUCAAUUACAGUGCGGGUUCAUCUAUGGGAUUUAUCAGGGAAUACCGAAUAUUUAGAUGUUAGAAAUGAGCUAUAUGGGACUACAGAUGCUGUAUUUCUCAUGUACGAUGUAACUAAUCAGAUGUCAUUUGAUAGUCUAGAACUAUGGCUGAGAGAACUGUCCUCUUAUUGUAAUAGUCAUCCUGAUGUCUUUCUUGUAGCUCAUAAGGUCAGUAUAUAUAAAACAAUAGUUUUACUAUGUCCAACUGAUGGAACUGAUUGUCCUAAACAUAAUCGAGUUAUUUCUACAGGAGAAGGUAAAAAAUGGGCAUCUCAACAUAAACUCAAAUAUUAUGAAACCUCAGCAGCUACUGGAGAAGGAAUAGAGAAAAUGAUAAGUGAUUUACUAUCAGAAGUUAUAUUAAAACGACAACCAGUAACUGGUAAAGAUUCUGUAUUGUCAUCAACCGUAACAUCAACCACUUUGAGAUCCAAAUCUGCCUUCCAGAUGAGAUGA